UCCAGCCACCUAAACCCAAACCCUAUUCAUCUUCUUUCUCGCCGCCGCCGCCGCCGCCGCCACUGCCGAAAUGUCGUCGGGGCCUCCACCCGAUGCCUCCGCGGAGGAUCUCGCGGGCGAUCUCUCCGCCGCCACCAUCAGCAAGAAGCAGCUCAAGAAGGAUGCGAGGAAGGCGGAGAAAGCCGAGAAGGCGGCGCAGCGACAGCAGCAGCAGCAGCCGCAGGCCGACGCCGACGAUCCCUUCGCGGCCAACUACGGCGACGUCCCCGUCGAGGAGAUCCAGUCAAAGACCAUCUCCGGCCGCGUGUGGACCGAGAUCGCCGACCUCGACGACGCCGCCGCGGGUCGCUCCGUCAUCAUCCGGGGAGCAGCGCAAGCGAUCCGACCCGUCAGCAAGAAGAUGGCCUUCGUCGUGCUGCGCCAGAGCAUGUGCACCGUACAGUGCGUGCUCGUAGCCAGCGUCGACGCAGGGGUCAGCACGCAGAUGGUGCGCUUCGCCACCUCCCUCAGCAAGGAAUCAAUCGUCGAUAUCGAGGGCGUCGUCUCCCUCCCCAAGGAGCCCCUCAAGGCCACCACGCAGCAGGUGGAAAUCCAGGUGAGGAAGAUAUAUUGCAUCAAUAGGGCAACCCCUACCCUUCCAAUUAAUCUUGAGGAUGCAUCAAGGAGUGAGGCUGAAUUUGAAAAGGCUGAACAAGCUGGAGAAAAGUUAGUUCGUGUGGGCCAAGAUACUCGCUUGAAUUAUAGAGCUAUUGAUCUCCGGACACCUUCGAAUCAAGCAAUAUUCAGAAUUCAAUGUCAAGUUGAAAACAAAUUCAGGGAAUUUUUGCUUUCUAAGAAUUUUGUUGGGAUUCACAGCCCAAAGCUAAUUGCUGGAUCAAGUGAAGGUGGUGCGGCUGUAUUCAAGCUACAAUAUAAUGGACAGCCAGCAUGUUUAGCACAAUCCCCACAGUUGUAUAAGCAGAUGGCUAUCUGUGGUGGGUUUGAACGUGUAUUUGAGGUUGGGCCUGUCUUCAGAGCUGAAAAUUCAAAUACUCACAGGCAUCUGUGUGAGUUUGUUGGUCUUGAUGCUGAGAUGGAGAUUAAGGAACAUUAUUUUGAGGUUUGCGACAUAAUAGAUGGUUUGUUUGUAGCAAUAUUUAAACAUUUGAAUGAGAAUUGCAAAAAGGAACUCGAGACAAUAAACAAGCAGUAUCCAUUUGAACCUCUGAAGUACCUAGAGAAAACCUUGAAGCUCACAUAUGAAGAAGGAAUUCAAAUGCUGAAGGAAGCUGGAACAGAAAUCGAGCCCAUGGGUGACCUCAACACUGAAGCUGAGAAAAAACUUGGACGACUUGUUAAGGAGAAGUAUGGAACAGAAUUUUUCAUCCUCUAUCGCUAUCCUUUGGCUGUGCGUCCCUUCUACACCAUGCCUUGUUAUGACAACCCAGCUUACAGUAACUCUUUUGAUGUCUUCAUUCGAGGAGAGGAAAUUAUAUCUGGAGCACAAAGAAUACAUACACCGGAGCUGUUGACGAAACGUGCAACGGAGUGUGGAAUUGAUGCAAGUACUAUUGCAUCAUACAUUGAAUCGUUCAGCUAUGGUGCACCGCCUCAUGGUGGUUUUGGUGUUGGCUUGGAGAGGGUGGUGAUGCUGUUCUGCGCUCUAAACAACAUCAGGAAGACAUCGCUUUUCCCUCGUGACCCACAAAGGCUGGUCCCAUAAUUUCUUUUCACCGAAACCAAAGGUUGAAAUCACUAUUGACUGGUAGAUGUUGGUUUGCGUCAUCUUCGCCAAGUUGCGAAGCAACUACCGCAACAACCGCGUCGCUGGUCACUGCAGUUUGUUUUGUUCACCGAACAGUGCAGCAACGUAUCCCCUGUAUGUGGAUUAAAGCUUCAGUUAUUUCACAAGGGCAACUUGUAUAUCUAUUAUGAGUUAUCUGGAAGUCGAUGAAGGAAGCAUACAAAGUCCAGGAAAACCUUUUUUUUCCCCAUAUAAACAUGUUAUCUUCUUUGUUAUUAAUGGACCACAACUUUUGGAGCA